AUGAAAUUAAUAAAAAAAUAUAUCGAAAAGGAUUUAUCAGGAUAUGUCAAAUUACAGUUAGAGGAAGAGGAGGAUUUAUGGCAUUGUUAUAAUUUAAUUAGUGUUGGGGAUCAAUUGACAAGUUCAACCGUAAGAAAGAUUCAGAAAGAGACAGCAACAGGUUCAGUAACCAGUGAGAGACAGAAAUUAAAAUUAACUAUAUUGGUAACUAAAAUCGAUUACGAUGGAAAUUCAAGUUUAUUAAGAGUUAGCGGUUCAACAUGUGUAGAAAAUAGAUUUAUUAAAAUGGGUUCAUAUCAUACAGUCGAUCUCGAAAUGAAUCGUGAGUUCCAACUUUUCAAACCAGAAUGGGAUGCAAUAUCGUUGGAUUUAGUAAAGAAUGCUACUGAUAUAGGUCAACGUGCUGAUGUAGCUGCAUUAAUUAUGAACGAAGGUUUAGCAAAUCUUUGUUUAAUCACAUCCGCAAUGACCGUUGUUAAGGGUAGAAUCGAAGUUCCAGUACCACGUAAAGGUAGAUCAACCAAUGAUAACCAUCAAAAAGGUUUAGAGAAGUUCUUUGAUGUCAUACUUCAAUCCAUUCAAAGAAAUAUAAAUUUUCAAGUUGUAAAAUGUUUUAUUAUCGCAAGUCCAGCUUUUGUUAAGGAUAAAUUUUAUCAAUAUAUGAUGGAUCAAUCAAGUAAAAAUGAUUUAUACAAAGAAUUUAAAGCAAAUAAAUCUAAAUUUAUUCUUACACAUUCAUCAUCGGGUCAUAGAUAUUCAUUGAAAGAGGUAUUAUCAGACCCUGCAGUUAUCCAACAACUUUCAAGUACAAAAGCAGCAAGCGAAGUUAAAAUUUUAAAUGAUUUUUAUGAUAUGUUAAAAAAAGAUCCAAAUAGAGCAUUCUAUGGUUUUGAACAUGUUAAAAAAGCAAAUGAAAAAUUAGCAGUCGAAACACUUUUAGUAACUGACGAAUUAUUUAGAGGUAAAGAUGUUAAAACUAGAAAGAAAUAUGUAGAUUUGGUUCAAUCAGUUAAAGAAAAUAAAGGUGAAGUUAAAUUAUUUUCAGGUUUACAUGUUACUGGUGAGCAGCUAUCAAAAUUAUCAGGUGUUGCAGCAAUUUUAAGAUAUCCAUUAGAAUUAGAGGACGAGGAAGAAGAAUACCACCCAGACGAAAAUGAAGAAGAAAACGAAGAAGAUGAAACAAAUGGAGAUGACGAUAAUUAUGACGAAUAUACAUCAAAUAGAUAA